AUGGUCCUGCCCCCAGCAGCCACGCCCGUCUGGUGCUUCGCCCGAUUGGAGGAGGCUGAGGGGGGCGGGGCCUGCGCGGAGCUACUGGGCGACGAGCCCGUCCCAUUGGCUGACUGCUGCCUCAACCCCGCCUACGGCUACAAGCUCCGCCCCCACGGCCGCUGCCUCUCCUGCCGACAGGGCGAGUGGGGCCCCUGGGGCCCCUGGAGCAGCUGCUCAGUGACCUGUGGGGAGGGGACCCAGCGGAGGGGCCGCAGCCGGAGCUCGGGUGGGGACGAUGGGGACAGGAGGGACUGGCAGCUGCAAGUUUGUCACCUGCCCUGCUGCCCAGAGCCGGGGGGCUGGAGCCCCUGGUCGCCGUGGGGCAGCUGCUCCGUGACGUGUGCGCUGGGGGCCGAGAGGCGCAGCCGGAGCUGCACCAACCCCCCCCCCCUCUGCGGGGGCUCCUGCGGCCCCGGGGCCACCGAGGAGACCCGGGAGUGCCUGGGCAGGGCCCCGAUCUGUCCCGUGGGCGGGGCCUGGGGCGAGUGGGGCCCGUGGGGCCGCUGCUCUGGCACGUGCUGGGGGGCGGGGCCGAGGCCGAGGCGGAGCCGCAAGCGCCACUGUGAUUCGCCGCCGCCUUCGAGGGACCCGCCCGGGGCCCCCUGUGCCGGGAGCGCCACCGACAGCCAGGACUGCCCGGGGCUGCAGCCCUGCCCCGUGGACGGCGCGUGGGGGGCGUGGUCAGCGGUCACGCCCUGCCCGGUCACGUGCGGGCUGGGCGGGGUCACGUUGCGCCGCGCGUGCGACGCCCCGCCCCCCCAGCACGGCGGCCGCGCCUGCGCAGGAAAGGACACCCGGCGGGGGGUCUGCGGGCCCCUCGGGGCCUGCCCGGAGGUGCUGCACUGGGGGCCGUGGGGCCCCUGGAGCCCCUGCACCCGCCCGCUCUGGGAGUCCAUCGCCUGCAAGAGCACGGUGGGGCAGCAGCGGCGCACCCGGGAGUGUGUGGGGCACGGCCAGGGGGGGCCCUCGUGCCCCGCCGAGGAGGGGAUCGGCACCAUCCACGUCCGUGCCUGCUACAACAUCCAGAACUGCAUCCUGCGUGGGAACUGGUCAGACUGGAGCCCCUGGGGGCUCUGCAACCCCCCGUGUGGGACCAGCCCCGUGCGGAGCCGCAGCCGCGAGUGUCGGCCCACCUACCCCUCCUACAAGUGCGUGGGGGGCUCU